UUAAGUCACCAACACAGGACAAUGAAGAUGAUCAGAAACCUCAGAGACCUCUGGGUCUACCGUCGAUUCCUUCUCAUUAUUUUUACUCCCCUUCUCCUGCUUCCAUUACCUCUCAUCAUCAGAACCAAAGAAGCAGAAUGUGCAUACACAUUGUUUGUGGUUGGUAUCUUCUGGCUUACAGAAGCUUUGCCUCUGGCUGUUUCCGCAUUAAUUCCUGCUUUAAUGUUUCCACUGUUCGGAAUAUUGUCUUCAAAAAAGGUGGCAUCUGCUUAUUUUAGAGAUUUUCAUCUGCUCUUGACUGGCAUAAUUUGCCUGGCGACAUCAAUUGAAAAAUGGAAUUUGCACAAAAGAAUUGCUCUGAAAAUGGUGAUGCUGGUGGGUGUUAACCCUGCAUGGCUCACCCUUGGUUUUAUGAUCAGCUGUGCAUUUCUAUCAAUGUGGCUUAGCAACACUUCUACGGCUGCUAUGGUAAUGCCGAUUGUAGAGGCGGUGGCUCAGCAAAUCAUUAGUGCAGAAGCCGAAGUGGAUGCAAUGGAUACGACAUGUGCAAAUGGAACCACUAAUCCUGCCCUGGAACUUGAAGAAAACAUUAGUGAGCGUGAAACAGAUGACUGGAAAUCCACUAAAGUUGAAGGAUAUAGCAAUGGUACUGCUCACGCCGUGUGUGACAUUGAAAAUGAAAAGCAGAAUUCAGAACUGAGCCAGUCUGAAAGACAAUACCGGAACAAAAAAGACCAUAUGAUAUGUAAAGUCAUGUGCUUAUGUGUUGCCUAUUCAUCCACCAUUGGAGGAUUGACUACCAUUACUGGGACGUCAACCAACUUAAUAUUUGCAGAACAAUUCAAUACACGAUAUCCUGGUUGCCAAUGCAUCAAUUUUGGAUCCUGGUUUAUUCUUUGCAUCCCAAUCAGUAUUAUUAUUUUAAUACUGUCCUGGGUUUGGCUUCUGUGGCUUUUUCUGGGUUUCAACUUGAAAGAAAUGUUCCAGUGUGGCAAAGAAAAGACAUCUAGAGAACAAGCUUCAGCACAAGUAAUCAAAGAAGAAUACAAGAAACUUGGCCCAAUAAGCUACCCUGAAGUUGUCACCUUUGUCCUGUUCCUUUUGAUGGCCCUGUUAUGGUUUACUAGAGAUCCAGGAUUCAUCCCUGGCUGGUCUGCUUUAUUUCCAGAAUAUCCAGGCUAUGCUACUGAUUCAACAGUGGCUUUACUAGUUGGGCUCCUCUUCUUCAUUAUUCCUGCAAAAAGAUUGUCUAGAACUUCAAAUGGAGAAAACAUUGUUUUUGAUUACAGUCCACUGAUAUCUUGGAAGGAAUUUCAAGCAUGCAUGCCCUGGGAAAUUGCCAUUCUUGUUGGCGGUGGGUUUGCGCUGGCUGAUGGCUGUGAGGACUCAAAACUCUCAUCCUGGAUUGGAAACAAAUUAACCCCGUUAGGAUCACUACCCAUUUGGGUAAUAAUUCUCAUUUCAUCUUUGAUCGUGACCACAGUAACUGAAGUAGCCAGCAAUCCUGCUACAAUCACUAUAUUUUUGCCUAUCUUAGCCCCCUUGGCUGAAGCCAUCCAAGUUAACCCUCUUUAUAUCUUGAUACCAACCACCCUCUGUACAUCAUUUGCAUUUUUGCUACCAGUAGCAAAUCCACCUAAUGCGAUUGUAUUUUCUUAUGGUCACCUGAAAGUUAUGGAUAUGGUAAAAGCUGGACUGGGUAUAAACAUCAUUGGAGUUGCUGUUGUGAUGCUCGCUAUUAUGACAUGGGCACAGCCACUGUUUAAACUCCAUACAUAUCCAGCUUGGGCCAAUAGCACAAAAAGUGUUUGCCAUUAUCUUCUUCCAGAAACUUGUUGUUGUUUUUUUUACCAGCCUAUAGUUCUAGGGUCUCUGGUGAAUUUUCCAUUCAAGUACUAG